GUUUGAUUUCCGAAGUGUGAGACUUGGAAGCUCCGAUCCUGCGGUAAAUGUUUCGAAGUUCUAACAGUGUCGGUACUGUAGUUCUUGCGGGACUUCGUUGCUAAUCGGUCGCUUUUAUAGCGUCAGUGAUAGAGAAGAACAGGCUUCGAAUCUCGGGAAUCGGUAUUGUGGAUAGGAACGCGCGUGACAGAUAUGUAAUGACGGUUUGGUGUUUCAAGAAAGAAAUUGUGCGUGCUUGGAUUGAUUUAGUAAAGUUGGAUCUUCGGUGGUGUUUGGAAGCUCUGAAAUCGAAAGAUUUAUUAAUUAUUCUCUAGUGUUUGAACCUGUUUAAAUUGAUAGUAAAAGGAAAGGGAACUUCGUUUCGGUUCGGUUAUCUUUUGUCGAUUCCUCCUAUUUCAUGAUCUAUUUUAUUAACAACAUUGAAGAAUUCAAGAUACUGAGGAUUUAGCGACAUUCACUCUCGUUACGCACUAAUUCUGUUUGGAGAUAUCGAUGGGGUUAGUGCUGGUCUCAAGAGUUUGGAUUGCAGGGAAUAAAUAAGCUACCUCGGUUGCAUCCUAGUUUUAUUUUGCGAACACAAAAGAAGUCCCUUUGAGUGGGUGAAGUGAGGAUGGCAAUGUCCUGCAAGGAUGGUAAGGGAGGGAUGAUGGACAAUGGCAAAUAUGUCCGCUACACACCUGAGCAGGUUGAAGCCCUUGAGAGGCUCUAUCAUGAGUGCCCCAAACCCAGUUCGAUUCGCCGCCAACAGCUCAUUCGCGAAUGUCCUAUCCUCUCCAAUAUCGAGCCCAAGCAAAUCAAAGUCUGGUUUCAGAACCGACGAUGCAGGGAGAAACAGAGGAAAGAGGCUUCACGCCUUCAAGCUGUGAAUAGGAAGCUGACGGCUAUGAACAAGCUUCUAAUGGAAGAGAAUGAUAGAUUGCAGAAGCAGGUGUCACAAUUAGUGUAUGAAAAUGGCUACUUUCGCCAGCAUACUCAGAAUACGGCUCUUCCGACCAAAGACACAAGUUGUGAGUCAGUGGUGACAAGCGGUCAACACCACUUGACGCCUCAGCAUCCGCCGAGAGAUGCUAGUCCUGCAGGGCUUUUGUCCAUUGCAGAAGAGACUUUAACAGAGUUUCUUUCAAAGGCCACUGGAACUGCUGUUGAGUGGGUCCAAAUGCCUGGAAUGAAGCCUGGUCCGGAUUCCAUUGGAAUCGUUGCUAUUUCUCAUGGUUGCACAGGUGUGGCAGCACGAGCCUGUGGCCUCGUGGGUCUAGAGCCUACAAGGGUUGUAGAAAUCCUCAAGGAUCGGCCUUCGUGGUUUCGUGAUUGUCGUGCCGUGGAUGUGCUGAAUGUGCUGCCCACUGCCAAUGGUGGAACCAUUGAACUUCUGUACAUGCAGCUGUAUGCGCCAACAACUUUGGCACCGGCUCGUGACUUCUGGCUGCUACGCUAUACUUCUGUCAUGGAGGAUGGCAGUCUAGUGGUCUGUGAAAGAUCACUUAGCAAUAUCCAAAAUGGUCCAAGCAUGCCACCUGUGCAGAAUUUUGUGAGAGCAGAAAUGCUGCCUAGUGGAUACCUUAUUAGACCUUGUGAAGGGGGCGGCUCUAUUAUCCACAUUGUUGAUCAUAUGAAUUUGGAGGCAUGGAGUGUGCCUGAAGUGUUGCGCCCACUGUAUGAAUCUUCGACAGUACUUGCUCAAAAGACAACUAUGACAGCUCUACGCCAAUUAAGGCAGAUAGCUCAGGAGGUCUCCCACUCAAAUGUCACCAACUGGGGCAGACGUCCAGCAACUCUACGAGCAUUUAGCCAGAGGUUGAGCAGGGGUUUCAAUGAGGCUCUUAAUGGAUUUACUGAUGAGGGCUGGUCAAUGAUGGCAAAUGAUGGCAUGGAUGAUGUUACUAUACUUGUGAACUCUUCCCCUGAGAAACUGAUGGGACUGAAUCUUUCCUUUGCAAAUGGAUUUACUUCCGUCAGCAAUGCAGUCCUAUGUGCGAAAGCAUCAAUGCUUCUGCAAAAUGUGCCUCCAGCAAUACUUCUUAGGUUCUUGCGUGAGCACAGGUCAGAAUGGGCAGAUAACAGUAUUGAUGCUUACUCAGCUGCUGCUGUUAAAGUUGGUCCCUGUAGCUUUCCAGGGUCCCGAGUUCCGAACAUCGGAGGUCAAGUUAUACUUCCACUGGCCCACAGCAUUGAGCACGAAGAGUUGCUGGAGGUUAUUAAGUUGGAAGGUGUUGGCCAUUGCACUGAAGACACAAUGAUGCCCAGAGACAUGUUUCUAUUGCAACUAUGCAGUGGAAUGGAUGAAAAUGCCAUUGGUACUUGUGCAGAACUAAUAUUUGCGCCCAUCGAUGCCUCUUUCGCCGAUGAUGCACCUCUUCUGCCUUCCGGUUUUCGCAUUAUUCCUCUUGAUUCUGGAAAGGAAGCUUCCAGUCCAAAUCGCACCCUAGAUCUUGCUUCGGCUCUUGAGAUUGGGUCUGCAGGAAACAAGACUUCUAAUGAUCAUAAUGUUAUGAGCGGCAGUACAAGAUCUGUGAUGACAAUAGCAUUUGAAUAUGCUUUUGAGAUCCACAUGCAAGACAGUGUUGCUUCAAUGGCCCGACAAUACGUCCGCAGCAUUAUAUCAGCUGUUCAGAGGGUGGCAUUAGCACUCUCUCCAUCUCAUCUAAGUGCCCAUGGGGGUCUUCGACCUCCCCUAGGCACUCCUGAAGCACAUACACUUGCUCGGUGGAUCUGCCACAGUUACAGGUGCUAUCUGGGGGUCGAACUACUCAAAUCCAGCGGUGAAGGAAGUGAUUCCAUCCUUAAAACUCUAUGGCAUCACUCAGAUGCUAUUAUGUGCUGCUCUUUGAAGGCCUUGCCAGUAUUCACUUUUGCAAACCAGGCUGGUCUUGAUAUGCUUGAGACAACAUUGGUUGCACUUCAAGAUAUAACUUUGGAAAAGAUCUUUGAUGACCAUGGAAGAAAAAAUCUCUGCUCUGAGUUCCCAUUGAUAAUGCAGCAGGGUUUUGCUUGUCUUCAAGGUGGCAUAUGCUUAUCGAGCAUGGGCAGGCCAGUUUCUUAUGAAAGGGCUGUAGCGUGGAAAGUGUUGAACGAAGAAGAGAAUCCCCAUUGCAUUUGCUUUAUGUUUAUCAAUUGGUCGUUCGUCUAAGUUUAUGUUUAAGGAUCAACAACACUAGACAAGACUAGAAAAGGCGCAACUCUUAAAGACUGACCUUUUCUAUUUUGUUCAUAUUUUUGGUAUGAAACCUUGACAAACUGGCCAGGACCGAUGACAGUGUUUGCUGUGCUUCUGCUGUGUGUAAAAUAUUGUGCUCUGUUUCUUGCAACGCCCUAGCCAUCUUAUCUAACGGUAGACAUGUCCAUGAACACACCAA